CUGAUACAUAAUUUAAAAAAAUGCAAAAUUCAAAUUUACCAAAGUUAUUAUGUUGUAUUGGUGUUAGGCACUUAUUCACUUCUUUCUCAGAACAAAUUAUGUUUUCCACCAAACAUGUAGAGAAGUCAAAAAUAUUUAAGCCCAUAUCGUUGAUUAAUACUGUUACAUGUGUAAAGUUUAUUAACCGUUUCUUAUUAGCUGGUGUUGGCAAUAUUUUGCUGAUAUAUGAUGUAGCUUCUAGACAAUUAUGUGGACGUCAAAAAAUUUUUGAUAAAGCUACAGUGCAUGGAAUUCAGUUCAAUAAUACUGAAAUUUUGGUUGCAAUACACGGAGAAAAAUAUGUUGCUAUUUAUAAAGUGGAGAUUGAAAUCAGUUUUUUACUUACAUUUGAAUGUAUCCUUGCAACUACUGAUUGGGUAUGUAAUAUCAUAUGGAUGGACUGCAAUUUAUUAUUAACUGUAUCAGCACAUAAUGUAGCAACAAUAUGGAAUAUUAAUCUUCGAAAAGAAAUUAUUUCUUCAAGUUGUGAUGAUCGAUGUAUAUUAUAUUCAGCAACAUCAUUAGGAGAAGACAAAGAAAAUAUUAUUGUUUUUUCAGGAACUGUUUUUCGAGAAAUAGUAAUUUGGAGUCCUUUUAGAAGAUUUAAUGGUUCAAAUAUUUUACAUAGAUUACAAAAACAUGAAGGUGUUAUAUUUUCAAUCACAGUAAACAAAUGUAAUUCCAUUAUAAGUUCUACAUCUGACGAUAGAAGUAUUGUCAUUUGGAAGGUUGAGCCAUUUACUCAUAAUCAAAAUACAUAUGAUCAUUGGAAAAAUGCAAAAAUUACAACAGAUUAUUCAUUAUAUGCACACAAAGCUAGAGUUUGGAAAAGUAUUGUACUGCAGUCUGGGAAUAUACUAAGUGUUGGAGAAGAUGGUCAAAUAUGCUUAAAAACUUCUUUAUCAACUUAUCAAUGGGAAGAAAGUAGAGGUUCUCAGGUUCGCAGCUUAGACUGUCUGGAAGAAAAUAAUCUUGUAGCUAGUGGGUGUACUACUGGAAGUAUUGGAUUAUGGUCUCUAGUUGCUGUUCCAAAGAAUGAAAUUUUAGCUGACUAUAAAAUAAUUAAUUGUUAUCCUAAGCAUUUGGUGGUUUUAAGAAAUACCGGCACAUAUGUACUUUAUUCUGAUGGGAAUGUUGUCUUUUACAAAGAUAAUUUUUACCAAAAUAUCUACCAAAAUGAUAUACUGUGUUGUACUUUGUCACUGGUGAAAUCACCUUGUAAUACUAAAAUUAUUUUUGCAACUAGUAGUGGGCAUGUUGUUGUUCUGAAAAAUAUGGACAACAAACUUGAUAAAUUAUAUGUUGAUAAAAUUUCUUCAGUAAAAAUUGUUUCAACAAUUUGGUUAAAUAAUAAACAAAUUAUCAUAUGUUUUGAAGGAAACACAAUUUUUUUUUAUGAAGUUUUAGAAGACUUAAAAUUAAAUCAUUUGGAUACAUUUUGUAUUUAUUCAAAAAUUAAUUCUUGGAUAACAGUGGCUGUGAUGAUUGAGGGUUUAUUAUUUGCCGGUUGUAAUGAAGGAUCUAUUUACUUAUUCAAAUUAAAUCGUCAGGAACCAUUACAAGUUUUUAGUAAAAUUCAUAGUUUUGCUGGUGUUACUGCAAUGUGGGUCCAUGAAAAGUUUUCCAGUUUUACAGUUGUUAGUUCUGUAGGGCGAGAUGGUCAUCAUAGAUUUUGGAAUAUUUGUACUAAGUCAGAAACAGUGUUUGAAAUACGUUGUGAAAUAUUACCUACCAAAUGGCCUUUUAUGAUUACUGAUUCUCACAAACACGGAUUAUUAAUUUGUGGUUUUAAAGAAAACUAUUUAAUUGUCUAUAGUCCAACGACACAGAGAAUUUUAGCAACUGUAUUUUGUGGUGGUGGUCAUAGGGCAUGGGAUCUCACAUUUGUCAAUGAUUGUGAUUUAAUAUAUUUUGUCUGUAGUUCUUCGAGUAGUAAAUUAGAAUUAAAAAUAAUUCCUCUACAUGGUCAACAUAUGCUCUUGGACGGUUUUCAUUCUAUGAUUAUAAAUUCAAUGGCUCAUGUUGAUGAUAAUCUCAUGCUAACUGGUAGUGAUGACACUACUGUUAGACUGUCACGUUUCAGUGAUGAGAUAGUAAGCUUAUUAACGCUACGGAGUCAUAUUUCAUCGGUUCGUUCAAUAUCUUGUCUUACUUUAAAACCUAACUUUUACAUUAUUGUAACAGCUGGAGGUAGAGCUCAGUUAAAAGUUUGGACUUUAAUCAUUACAGAUAAUAAUGUAUAUUGUGAGGAAUCAGAGACAAAUCUAUUAAAAUGUAAACAAAAUAAAAAACCAUGGAGAUCAGUUGUACCUUCUAAUGAAGGGGAAACACGGUUUAUGGAUGUUUGUGUUCAAUUUACUAAAUCAAAAUCAGUUUUAAUUGCUGUUGGAUGUUCUGAUGCAAUUCUUAGGUUGUACAAUUAUAAUACAAAUGAGAAAACUUUAAGUUUACUUGAAGAAAAUCUGGAUAAUACCUAUUGUAUAUUAAAGAUUUUAAGAAUUCAAUUCAAUACAUUUCAUUAUAUUAUAACUACUGAUACAAAAGGAUAUGUGAAUUUUUGGGACAUUUCUAAAUAUAUUGAAAAUAACAAUGAAGAAUUUGCAAGUGCACCAAAAUACAAAUAUCGCUUGCAUCAAUCUGGUAUAAACUGUUGUGACUGGUUAGAAUUACAAAAUAUGAAUAGUUUACUAGCAACUGGUGGAGACGAUCAAUCUUUAAAAUUAUCAAUUUUUCAUUAUACAGAUACUAUUACAUUAUUGUGUAAUGUUUUUAUUUCUGUUCAUUGUUCUCAAGUUACAGGUAUUAAGUUAUUUAAAAAUGUAGUUAUAAGUGCUUCUGUGGACCAGAAAAUAAUUUUUUAUGCAUGGAGUUGUGAUUUGAAUUCCAGAACUAUACAAGUGUCACCAUUAUCAUCAUACUUUACAACAGUUGCAGACAUUCAUGGUUUAAUAGCUCAAAAAGUUGGAGACGCAGUUAAAGUGAUUGUCUACGGCCAAGGAGUGGAAUCGUUUUGCGCAGAUAUGAGUUUACUCAAGCCACAGCCUCAGGUGGCCAAUGUAGAACGUGUUUCCCCGGCUUUAGAACUUGGAGAAGGUCCGCACUGGCAUCCGUCGACGCAGAACUUGUAUUUCGUUGAUCUCCAUCGGGGAAAAAUCAACAGAUACCAUCCGGAAACUAACAGUUAUUUUAGCGCUACGAUAGAUGGCUACAACGACGUGACUUUCGUCAUACCGGUCGAGGAUAAGAACGACACUUUCGUGGUGGGCUUGUGCGCUUCCAUUGGCGUAGUCGAGUGGGACGGAAUUUCGGACAGAACCGGCCGACCCGAGUACGUGAAACUACUCGAUGAGACGUCGGGCAACCGUCUGAAUGACGGCAAAGCCGAUGCCACCGGUCGAAUUUGGGCGGGAUCCAUGGGAUCAGAAAUAGAAGGUAGUCCGGGCCAUUACCACAAGCACCGGGGUGGUCUGUACUCAGUGGAACUGGACGGUACCGUCAUCAAACGUUUGUCGAACGUAAGCAUAUCCAACGGGAUGGCGUGGAGCUCGGACAACAAAGUGUUCUACUACGUGGACACCUACAGUUUCGCAGUCGAGGCGUACGAUUUUGAUAUCGUUUCGGGAGACCUCUCCAAUCGCAGAGUGGUUUUCGAUUUGGAAGCCGAAAAAGUUGAAGGCGAUCCGGAUGGCAUGACCAUCGACACCAAAGGAAACCUUUGGGUAGCUUGCUUUAACAGUAAUCACAUAUUGAAAAUCAACCCCGAAACUAGCUCGUUAUUGAUGACUGUACAAUUACCAGCGUACCAGGUCACUUCCGCUGCGUUUGGCGGUUCCAAAUUAGAUGAACUAUACGUUACCACAGCUGGUUACCAAUUAACCAAAGCGCAAAAAGCCAAAAGACCAUAUUCUGGAGCUCUUUUCAAAGUAACCAACACAGGAUCGACUGGUUUUGCCGGUUAUUCUGCUAAAAUACAUUUGUGUCCUGAAAAUCGACUUCAUACAUUAUAAUAGUCAAAACAUUUUCUAUUAUAUUAUUAUUUAUUCAGGUAUAAUAUGUAAAUAUUUAUUUAU